GUUUCACCAACUCAGACAGCUCUUGGUAGCGCCCCCCGUAGAUUGAAAACUGCCAAUCUACAGCCAGCCGACGGAUUAUACCUUAACCCUCGUAGUAACCGGAAUCCUCCGAUAAAGGCAUUCCCAGUUCACAUUUCUGGUCGGACAGGCGAAGCUGGAGGCGAGACGGCCCAUUGGGCGCCAGAAGUAACGGCUAGUGGUUGCAAGGUAGGCUCCAGAGGACCUUUACCGGGCUUUCAAAGCAGUCUGAUGGGAGUGGAACGAAUACAUGGUCCACUGUUUGGCCAUCCUCAUCAAGACACAACUCUUGGAAAAUAUUCCGGUCCGGAUGGGCCUCCAGCUUCUAGAAAGGCCAACGAAAAUCUGUACCGGGUUGAUGGAUCCGUUUUCAUCCCAGCCGAUCCCUGGAAACCAGCCAAUCAUGAUUUUUUUGGUGGACCUGAUAUUGGGCCAUCAGGUCGAAGAGGAAAGAAGACGGCAAACAUACGUAAAUAA